AUGCUAAUACUUCAAUUAGCUUUAUAAAUAUUUUCUGUAAACGCUGGUCAUUAAUUCGAGUCAGGAUACUUCACUCAAUUCAAUUAUGCAUAAAAUCUGUCUUUAAUUUUAUUUGCUUCUUCAAUGAAAUUUAGGUCAGAGGAAUUUUUUGUUCCAUUUGCAUAAGAAUUCUCCUCAAUACCAGAUGUUUACUUAAAUAUCGCUUUAUUGGAUAUGGCACUAUAAUUUCCUCAAGGAUAUUCACUAGAUAUAACAAGCAUCACCACACUUGGUAAAUUGAUAAACUUAUAUUUAGGUUUCACAAUGAAGACAGUUGGUGAGAGUCCUUGGUUAUAUUUUGGAAUCAAUUUAAAUUGGUUUGCUUUUAAUGAUGACAGCGUUUAAGUUAUAAACCAUUUAAAUAUCACUAAUCCAUUUUAGUAAUAUACUCAUUCAUAUAUUAAAAAUUUGAAGAUAAAUGUGGCCAUAGCUAAUUUUGUUAGUUAUUAUGCUGAAGGACCUUAAUUUAAUAAUUUAACGGUAUAAAAAUUAUAUUAUAUAGGGAUUAUCAUUAACAGAUCAAACUGUGACUAUAAGUCUCUACAGCAAUCUUAAAUAAUUUGGUGAUUAAAUAUUAUUGGCCUCAUCUGAUCUAGUUUUAGUAGGACCAACAAUCACAAGUACCUUACCUUAUGGUUCAAGUCAAACUGUGAAUUUUCCAUCAGGAUGGGAAACUACAAUGUGUCAUCCAAAUCUUCUUGGGCUUUUUCAUGAUGGAACUGAUUUUAACAUAAGGUUAUCUGGAAGAGUUUCAUAUACUACCUAAAUAGAUCUUGGAUUUUACCCAUGUAAUAAAUAAAUUAUUAUUUAAGGGCAUGACUCAAUAAUUUUAUCAAUCUAAUACAAUUAUUUUUGUAUAAAUNAAUGA